CCUGUCCCCAGCUUCGUCCACACGGCGACCUCACGAUGAAGACUCUCUUCAAUAACAUCGCUCUUUUCCUGCUCAGCCUGACGCAGGCACAGGCCGCAGUCCACCGCCGCCUCCCAUCUCAGCUGACUGUAGGCACUCUCCACCGCCGCACCUACUUCUAUGCUGGCGGAGAGUUCGCACCUCAGAGUCCGUCGGUAAUCAGUCACGGACAGGUGUAUGUCGAACACCUUGUGCCAGAAAAGGUCACCCAGCCGCUCCCACUGCUGAUGGUGCACGGGAUGGGAAUGACCGGCACGAAUUUCCUCAACACGCCCGACGGUCGCGUCGGGUGGGCGGACCAUUUCAUGAGCAAGGGCUGGGAGGUGUACAUCAUCGACCAGCCUUCUCGUGGGCGGUCGGCCUGGUCGGAGAGCACUGAUGGAGAUGUUAUCCUCCUGGACGCAAAGAGCAUCGAGACCGACUUCACAGCUACGCAGGAUUUUAAUCUCUGGCCCCAAGCGGCUCUUCAUACCCAAUGGCCCGGCAAUGGGACGCUCGGCGACCCCACCUUCGACGAAUUCUUCAGGUCGAUGGUGCAGUCUCUCAACAGCUCGACCGGCACGCAGCCCGAGUUGGAGAUGCGGGCCGCAGCGGCAGACCUGUUCAACAAGACUGGACCAGUGGUCCUACUAACCCACUCGCAGUCGGGCCCUAUGGGAUGGGUACUGGCAGACGCAAACCCCACUGAUGUUCGUGCCAUUCUGGCCAUCGAGCCCGGAGGCCCGCCCUUCAUGGAUGCUGUCAUGUUCACCGGCCCCGACAACUUCUGGGGUGUUGCCAGCAUCCCGCUGAACUACUCUCCCCCAGCGACGUCCCCUUCCGACCUCCAGCCGACUGUUGUCUCCACUGACCCCAGCCUCAACUUCAUCUGUUUCCAGCAGGGUACCAACCCGCCGCGGAAGCUCGCGAACCUGGUGGACAUACCGGUACUGAUGGUCACGGCCCAGGCGAGCUUCCAUGCGGUAUAUGACAACUGCACGGCGGCGUACCUACAGCAGGCUGGUGUCAACGUGGAUCAUGUGCGCUUGGAAGACGUUGGGAUCAUGGGGAAUGGGCAUAUGAUGUUCAUGGAGUUGAACAAUAUUGAGAUAGCGGAGAAGGUCGUUGAACCGUGGCUUGCGAAGACGAUCCAUUGAGCGCACGAGCAAAGUUCUGCACCCAUUGCCACUAGCGUAACUAGCCAAACG